AUGAUGAAACUUCAACGAGAUUCCAGCAGAAACGCAUACCUCGUAUGCCUUCUGCUCGCUCUUCAAUGCACAUGCUUUGUACGAGCAGAGAGCUUUACCUAUCCAACAGCAACGGAAUAUCAUUUCAUUGUGGGAGACCUUGUCAAUGUAUCCUGGGACGUGGUGACAUCGCGUGUUUCUCUUUAUGAAGUGUGCAACACCAAGAUUCCCUUGCUAUUAAACGUCACAAACCCCUACAGCUAUGUCUGGAACGCAACCCGCGAUAAAUAUAGAGAGUCUGGCUGCGCGUUCGAGCUCGAUUCCCUGGACAUGUUCGGUAUUCUUAACCCACCAGUACUCACAAGUGUCAAGAUUGGCGUGAGCAAGCGUCAGAAAGAUGAUCCUCCACCUGAGUUUUAUAACUUGUACGACCCGACCAGCAGCACAUCCAGCAGUACUUCUAGCACUACUUCAAUGAAAACCACCUCUAGUGCUACUUCAGCAACAUCCACCUCUACAUCUUCUUCACAUGCUACAAGCACCGCGGCGGCCGAAACAACAGCAGCAUCAGCAUCCUCUAUUCCAGCUACCACCGAUAACGGCAGUGGUCUUACUGUUGCACAGAAAGUUGGGAUCGGUCUCGGGGUCCCGUUAGGAGUGCUGGUAAUAUCCACUGCUGGGGCUUUAGGCUUUCUGUAUCGACGCCGAUCGCAAAUGGGGAGUGGAUUGGACGAGACACCGAAUUCGGAUCAACCCGCAUCCUCUGGAAUGGUUGAAGCGGUCAAACCUCCAUGGGAUCCUCGCAUUUCCAGGACGGAAACUGUGAUCGCAGAACUGCCUUCGCCGUCUUCUGACAUGGAAGGUAUAUCAGAGGAGGCGAAUCAUCGACCGAUAAGUGAAGUAAUGGGGACUCCUCGGAGUGAGCUUAGUACUUGA